CUUUAUAAUCUUCAAAGUGAAACUUGUUAUUAACGGGAAAAUUAAUAUAUAUGGCUCCACCACCUCCUUCACCGCCGUCGGUUACGUUGAGGACAGUACUCCUCCUCCUUAGGGUUUUGACGGCAGCUUUACUCCUCAUAACGGUGAUCCUCAUCAGCACCAACACCGUCACCCUCGAGAUUUCAAGAACGUCUAUAAAAUUGCGUUUUAACGAUGUGUAUGCUUAUAGAUACAUGCUCUCUGCGGCGGUCAUCGGACUACUAUACGCCCUUGUACAACUGUUCUUGACAAUCUCCCAAUUCGCCACCGGGACUACACAUCCUCUUAACUAUCAGUUCGAUUUCUACGGUGAUAAGAUAAUGUCAUAUUUACUUGCAACGGGUUCGGCGGCUGGAUUUGGAGUGAGCAAAGAUUUGAAAGACACAUUUCUAGCAUUUAUAUCGUUUGAUUCGACCGAUCCUGUGGAUGAGUUCUUCAGUAAAGGAUACGCAGCGGCCAGUCUUCUUCUCUUGGCUUUCGUGUCUCUUGCCGUUUUAUCCGUUUUCUCAUCCCUUGCUCUUUCCAAGCGACCAAUUCAAGUCUCAUAAGAAACACACAUAUAUCAUUGUAACCCCUACAUAUGCAAUGCUUCCUUCAUUCUAAAUUCAUGGUUCUCCCUCCCACCAAACGUGGAAUUCAAUAAAAUUUUAUGCUUUUUAAGAUUCUUUGGUCACGUUACCAAAAUAUUUAUUAUGGUUACAUAGCUCGCAAGGUUAUUAUUUGUAUUACUGUUUCUGUA